AUGAAGUACUCCGUCGCCGUCGCUCUCAGCACCCUCGUGCUCGGCAUCGUCGCCGCUCCCGCCGCCUCCAACCCGGCUCCCAAGGGCCAGCUCGCCCGCGCCGAGCACGGCUACUUCGACUUCCUCCACAACGUCGCCCGUGCCGAGAAGACCAAGAAGCCCAAGGCCUCCAAGACCAAGACCGCCAAGGGUUCCCACAAGACCAAGCACGCCACCAAGACCCGCUCCCCGGGCUCCAUCAUCACCUCCGCCCCCGGCAACGGCACCGCCUCCUUCGCCAUCGCCGCCGCCAACAACGGCACCUCCGGCGGUGGCAUCCCCGCCGCCUCCGGCACCUCCGUCCUCAAGGCCGCCCAGACCGUCGCCGCCGGCGAGUCCUUCGACGGCGGCAUGAAGAUGUUCGACCGUGGUGUCUCCUGCACUGGCCAGGCCGAGGGCGGCGACUCCGACGCCGUCUUCAUCCUCGAGUCCGGCGCCUCCAUCUCCAACGUCAUCAUCGGCCCCAACCAGAUCGAGGGUAUCCACUGCAACGGUGGCUGCACUCUCGACAAUGUCUGGUGGUCUGCCGUCUGCGAGGACGCCUUCACCAUCAAGAAGCAGGACGCCGGCCAGACCACCAAGAUCACCGGCGGUGGUGCCACCGGCGCCGAGGACAAGGUCCUCCAGCACAACGGCGCCGGCACCCUCUCCGUCUCCGGCUUCACCGUCUCCGAUUUCGGCAAGCUCUACCGCUCUUGCGGCAACUGCAAGACCAUGUCUGAGCGUCACGUCAUCCUCGACAACAUCAACGCCUCCUCCGGAAAGCUCCUUGCCGGUAUCAACUCCAACUACGGUGACACUGCUACCUUCACCAACAUUGUUGCCUCCAGCGUCAAGGAGGUCUGCACUGAGUUCGAGGGCAACGACUCCGGUGCCGAGCCCACCGAGAAGAGCAGCGGCCCCUCCACCGCUUGCAAGUACUCUACCUCCGACAUCAAGAGCUCUUAA